UGUAGGCGCCUGGCGCAGCCCAGGGCAGGAAGAGAUGGCAGCAGGGGAGACGCAGCUCUACGCCAAGGUCAGCAACAAGCUCAAGGGCCACAGCACCCCCUCGCUGCUGGACCCGCUCCUGGCCCUGGGCUUCCCAGCGCACACCGCGCUGAAGGCGCUGGCAGCCACUGGGAGAAAGACCGUGGAGGAGGCCUCCAGCUGGCUGCACAGCCACUGCAAGGACCCUUCCCUGGACGACCCCAUCCCCCAGGAGUAUGCCCUCUUCCUCUGCCCCACGGGGCCCCUGCUCGAGAGGCUGCAGGAGUUCUGGAGGGAGAGCAAGCGGCAGUGCGCCAAGAACAGGGCCCACGAGGUCUUCCCGCACGUGACGCUCUGUGACUUCUUCACGUGUGAAGACCAGAAGGUGGAAAGCCUGUACGAGGCCCUGAAGAGGGCAGGGGACCAGGUCUUGGCGUCCUUCCCUGCCACCGUGCCCCUGGUGCUGCACUCCUCCGUCAGCUACCUCGGCUUCUUCAUCAGCGACGGCCCUGCAGACGUCAUCCGGGAGUUCGCCACCGCCUUCGCCACCGAGGCAGCCGUCUUGGCAGACUGCAGCGUGAAGCCCUGCACCAAGCAGCUGCACCUGACGCUGGCCCACAAGUUCUACCCCCAUCACCAGAGGACGCUGGAGCAGUUGGCCAGAGCUGUCCCCCCAGGCCACCCCUGCCAGUGGACGGCAGCCCUUUUCUCCCGAGACAUGCGCUUCGUGCACUACCAGACCCUCCGUGCCCUGUUCCAGUACAAGCCCCAGAACGGGGACGAGCUGACACUCAGCCCCGGCGACUACAUCUUUGUGGACCCCAGCGAGCAGGAGGAGGCCAGUGAGGGCUGGGUCCUGGGGACCUCGCAUCGCACAGGCUGCCGGGGCUUCCUACCAGAGAACUACACGGAGCGGGCCAGCGAGGCGGACACCUGGGUCAAGCACAGGACGUACACCUUCAGUCUAGCCACGGACACCAGCUCCAGGAAGGACGCCGAAGCCAGCGGCAGGCGGAACGGAGAUUUCCACUCUCCGACACCCAGGAGUAUCAGCAGCUUACAGGCCCUGCAGGCCACACUCGCGAGGCGAAGCGUGCUGGUGGUGCGCCACGGGGAGCGGGUGGACCAGGUCUUCGGGAAGUACUGGCUGCGACAGUGCUCCACAACAGACGGGAAGUACUACAGGCCGGACCUCAACUUCCCUCGCCAGCUGCCCAGGAGGAGCAGCGGACUCAGUGACUUCGAGCGCGACCCACCGCUGUCGUCCUGUGGAACCUUCCAGGCCAGGCUCGCAGGGAACUCACUCCUGGACAGCGGCGUCAGAAUCACCGCGGUCUUCUCCUCGCCCGCCCUCCGCUGCGUGCAGACGGCCAACCACAUCCUGGAAGAACUCAAAUUGGAGAAAACGCUGAAGAUAAGAAUAGAGCCCGGGAUCUUUGAGUGGACCAAGUGGGAAGCAGGCAGAACCGGCCCGAACUUCAUGACGCAGGCAGAGCUGAGAGAGGCGGGCUUCAGCGUGGACCUCGACUACAGGCCUGCAUUUCCGCUGUCCUCCCUCCUGCCUGCAGAGAGCUAUGUGCAGUACACGGACCGCUGUGCACACAGCAUGGAGCGUGUCCUGGGCGCCUGCCCACAGGAACCGGGCGUCAUCCUCAUCGUGAGCCACGGCUCAGCCCUGGAUGUCUGCACCCGGCCUCUCCUCGGGCUCCCGCCCCGGGACUGCGGGGACUUCGUCCAGCUGGUGAGAAAGAUCCCUGCUCUGGGCAUGUGCUUCUGCGAGGAGAACGAAGAAGGGAAGUGGGAGUUGGCCAGCCCGCCUGCAAGGACUCUGACACACGGGGCCAACUCGGCCUUCAACUGGAGGAGCUGGAUCCCGGGCAGCUGAGCCACCUCCCAGUGUGCGGCCUCGCCAUGGGGAUGUCCCUGCCUCAACCAUGUGACAGAAGCACAAAGUGCACUUUGGCAUCGGGGACUCCUGCCCCUCACUUCAGCCUCCACUCUGCUGGCGGCCAGCUGGGUUGUGGGAACACAGAAUGGACGCAGGACCAGGUGUCUCAAGGUGAUGGGGUCACAAGUGCGGGGACCUGUGAUAAGGGUGCCCGGGCCAUGGCUGGAGGAAGAGAGGGACCCAGGAGCCUGGUUGUCAGGAGCCGACACCCCACAUGCACACACACACACAGACACACAGGAGGAGGUCUGUCCACCUCCCGAGUGCCAGCCAUGGGGUCCGGGCAUUUGUCCCUUUCCUAUCUUGAUCAACACAGGUGAGGGAGGUGCGAUCAUCAAUAAAGCGGCACCACAGCCCUGAUCAGAA